AUGGAGCACCGCCAGGAUCCCACCGUCAAAGCCGUUGGCACUGGUGAGCCUCCGCUCGAACCCAAGCCGAUUGAAAAGAGCAGUUUGAACUACAACUUCCAGGAGUUCGCCGAAGUUCUGGUCGGACUACAUGCAGAGAAGUUCUACGUUCACGCAGCCGUGGUACGCGGACGCUCGUCCUUCUUCAAAGCCGCACUAUCAAAGGCUUGA